AUGGCUGAAAGAUUAAAAGAUGGCCACGCCUACAUCAUUCCAAAUAACACAGAGAAUUCUAGCGUCGUUGAAGCAGAAGCUAAGAGGUUGCGGGUGGUGCGGGGAUUUAGAACUGUGAGCUGUUUACACAUACCAUUCAGUGUGUUGACUAUACUGGUCUCUCUGUUGUCUAUAGUGUUAGUUAGAACACCUCCCAGGUUCAACUUCGCUACUGUCACACCUAUACUUAUUGGAGCUAUGGGAGUUGUGAAUGGUUUUAUUGGGUUUGCCAUCGGUAAUGCAGCGUUUAGAGUAGAGCGAAUAGAUAAAACUGUUCAUGUACAGGUGGUCACAUACGUCAUAGUUGGAACCUGUGUGUUGCUGCUUGUACCAAUGUACACAGGUUUCAGCCUUGGAAUCUGUGAUGCCUUCUCGUCAAUCAUCUGCAUGUCAGACGACAAAAGGGACAUAACUCUGGGUGCUCUCAAUAUCGCCAUUGAUAUCUUGCUCUUUAUAACAGUGCUUGUGAACUUCUGUUUGCUAAUUUUUUGCCAGAAAAAUCUCGGAGUUGGAUUUUUGAUCCGUCGGGACAAUUUAUACGAGCGUAUUUCCAUGUCGGAUAGGAAGGAGCCAUCGUUUCAACUCGCACUGAGAGACGACUGUUACUCUCGAUUACAAAAUGGCGGCGAAGAUUACCCGGAUGUUUUGGAAGACGUGGAUAAAAACGUGCAGUCAGUGGAGAAUGGAUAUUAUACGUGGGAUUCACCUCCCACUAUUGAAACAUAG